AUGGCUGCUGUCUUGCCUGAAGCAACAAGAUCAGCUUUUGCAGCGAGCUACAUCAUGGACCUUGAAUCGAUGUUCGAUCUCGACACGGUCCUCACCGGUGCUGACGACUAUUAUAACGACCAGAUCAUCACAGAGCCGCCGUCCGUGGUGGUUGCCGAUUUGCCAACGGUGGUCACAGACGACGUAUGUGCAGUUUGUAUGGAGGAAUUCCGGGCGGAUGAAGGUGGUAAACAGAUCCCCUGCGGCCAUGUGUACCAUCAAACUUGUAUAUCCUCAUGGCUCUCUGUCGGCGACUGUUGCCCUCUCUGCCGCUGCCACGUCUCCUCCGACAACAAAUCGGAAACUGCUAAACCCGUUCAGGUUUAG